AUGUCCCUUCACUGCCAUGUGAUCUAUUCUCUCUCUCUUGUGCUCCUCACUGUUACUCUUGUGAGUGACGCCCACCGCCCUCUUGUUCCCCGCACAGAGAAAAAAUAUUUUAUUCACGUCCAAUCCCUCACGGAAGGAUUAGAUGACAUUAAUGAGCAGCCAACACUGGUGUCGAUAACUGAAUCCACAUCUCUGUGGUUACCGCGUGGUUCUGCAGAAGAUAAUGAUGAACAUUUGAGUUUUAAUGAAGAUUUAGAUCCCUUUUGGGUACAUGUAUUGAGACGUCGACGGUUUGAUGUUGUGGAAUGGUCUGGGUGUGGAGGUAUGUGGAGGCCGGAGUGGAGUGCGACAUUGUAUGAUAAGAAGAGUAAUAUUAGUAAAAGUACAGAAGAACUUAUUUAUGAAUUAUCUCAUCAUACGGUUUGCUAUUUUUCAAGUCUUUCGGCAUGUGGUUGGGAUCAAACAAAAUCAACAGAUGGAAAACAAAAUAAUGAUCAUGAUGAAAAUGAUGAUGAGAGUGACAAUAUGGAUAAUAAUACUUCUGCUCAUAUUACCUCUAAAACACAACGACAUCAUCAGUGGUUAACACAAUUUGUCUCUUCAUUACUUUCAUCACCGCUGAGUUGGUCUCCAGAGACUCCACGACAUAUUCGCCCUCUUGGGGCUUUACGUUUAGUUCCAAAUUCAGCAGUAACUGCUGAUGUAAAUGGAAAAGAUCAUCAUUGGUGUUCCUAUCAUCUUGCCCUACAUGAUACUGUAUGUACACAACAUGUAAGUGCUUUGCUAAAUGGAGGAAGAAGUGGUAGAGGUGUAGAUGAACGCAUUCCAAAAGGUAUUUUUCGUGCAGGAUUAGUUACAAUGCAAAAAUUUUUCUCAUCUGAGUUUCAUCACUUUCACUUUAGUGUAUCACAAUCUCCUAUUCCACAAAAUAAUAACACGAAAGAUGAAACUGAAAUUAAUCUUUUAAUACGUAUGGCAUUUGUAGUACGAAAAGGUGAUUUUAACGACCUUGCACAUCAUUGGAGUUCAUCUCUACAUGAAUAUGUAGAUCGUCUCACAUUUUUUGUAGGAUCUAAUGUAAAUGAAAAACUUAAACGUAGUAUAAAUGGGGUGGAAGGUUUAUAUAUAGCUUCUAUGAAAAAGGAUGAGGAAAGUUCAUUAAGUACAUCUUUAACCUCUACUGUAGAGUUGGCACCAACUGUACAUUACUAUAUUUCAACUGUUGGACAUGACCGUGGUACAUAUCAGUUAGUAUUACUUCCAUCCGAAGUAUCCACUAUGAAAAGUUCAGAUGUAGAAAACAGCGAAGACUUAUGGUAUGGAUUAAAAGCAGGUGAUACCAUAGAAUCACUUCUUCUUUUUCCUCUUCAUGUUCUUAGACCAUCUUUACAUGAAAUGCGUUCGGACCCGCAUGAGAUGUCCAAAUUGGAAAAUGCAUUUUUUGAUGAUAGUGCUAAUGUACUCACAGUACUUGUGAAAACGGUACUCACAGAAGAUAUUUUGCAUGAAAUACGUGAAAAUAGAAGUGGAACAGCCUCUCGUGGUCUUAUUUUAUGUGAAUUUCCAUUUCAUUUCGGUUGGAGUGCUCUUAAAGAUAUGCCGCAUGAUGCUAAUAGCAACCGUAUUCUUCCUCAACCUGUUAUUCGCGUGGGACAACGUUUUGCUCGGGAUAUCAACAUAAAAACAAUGACUGCUACUUCCUCCAUCCCUGCAGAAGAGGAUGGAAGUUGUGCGGCGUCCACGUGUGCUCCUGUUGCGGCUAUGCGAAUUGAUCACCAAAGUUCACUGGAGCGUAUCUUACGUAGUAUGUUACCUACAGAACCACAAGAUGUGCGUAAUGGAUCAUGUGUAUGUUACUAUUGGAUUAGAUGUAGUAAUGUUGCGGGAACUACUAUGCCUGUUCCUGAUCCGGCGAUGGUGUUUAAUGUGGUAUCGCUUGGUCUCGUCUUCUUUGGAAUUUUGUCAGGCGGUGUGGUUCGCGUAACACGACGUUUCUUUGAAAAGAGUGUUGCUGUCAAAAACUAA